CCACCGCUUCAGACGUGGCACCCAUUUGAGCCUUUGGGGGGGCAAGUGCGCAAUUGUGCGCAGGAUAGCGGACAAGACUUGUAGUGCAACUCCACAAGCACCUAGCAAGAACCGGUCAGCUACCUUCUUCACACGCAAAUCGAAACCAAACCGAAACCGGAACCGAAACCGCCAUUAGCCUAACCUCCUCGCCAUACUUCUUCUUCUUCAUUCUUCAUAUCAAAUCCCUGCUGAUCCAAUCGAAAACCUGGAGAUGUCGGUUUGGUUUCUGCUAUUAUUCACCAGCUGUUUUUCAGCAGGAAUUGUGAUCGGAGGCGGCGUAGUGACGCUUGAAUCAAUAAAAAUAUACGAUUCGCAUGAAUGGAUUAAGACCGUUAAGCCGAUUGUUUAUUUCUCGUGUAAAGGAGAGAAGAAGAUUGAAUUUCCUGAUGUCAAGCUUCUAAAUCUCUCCUAUACUUUCAAUGGUCUGGAAUCUUGGCAGCCGCUAACGGAGCUCACAACUGAGAAAUGCAAGAGGUGUGGAUUUUAUGAGAAGGACGAAUUCAAGUCGGAUGAUGUGUUUGAAGAAUGGGAAUUUUGUCCUUCUGAUUUCGACACUGACGGUAGAUACACCCGUUCCAAGCUUAAUCAGUUUGAUGCUACCUUCUUGUGUCCCCAGUGUGUAUCUCUAGUUGCUGAUUUCAACUCUUCCUCAGGCUCACAUACCAAAGGGAAAGGAAUGCAUGUUGUUUUGGCAAUAUUGAUUGGUGGUUUCGUGUCAAUUGUAAUCAUAUUCGGGCUACUAGCAGCCUUCAAGUACUGGCAAAAGAAGAAAAGAGAGCAAGAUCAAGCUCGGUUUUUAAAGCUAUUUGAAGAUGGCGAUGAAAUGGAGGAUGAACUAGGACUUGGCAAUGUGUUAUAAUAACAAAUGGUAUUAAAAUUGUCUGUACAGUAUGCUAAUUUUACAUAAAUUUUGCUUUUACAAAAAGAAUUAAAUAUAAAC